AGCCAUCUGGGUCUUAACAACUUUUCAUUUCAUAAUCUUCCAGCACCAGGCAGAUGGAUGUAACACUUGUGCAUGCAUGCCCCUCCAUGCCUUUGUUGGCAUCUAAUGGAAGAAAAAGCACCGAUCAGGUCCACCAUGGUAUCCAGACUGCCUAAGUUCGGUGGACGCUCCUCGACUGGUGGCGCCAGCCCAGUUUCCAAUGGUUCCACCCAGCCAACGACCACUGCCCAGGAUGGUAAGACCACUCCUCCAGGAACACGCUCAAAUGGCAUGAUCCAUGCGCCUCCUUUCUCCCUGAAAUGGAGGAGAGAUGAAGGGAUGACCCACUCCAGCCCUACCACCCCUACUACUCCAGGGGAUGGAGGUGAAGACAAGGCUCAGACGCAGUUUCCCUCAUUGGCAAAGGAGGUAAAGAAUGGAUCUCCAGGGACGCCAAAGAUGCGAAGAUCAGGCACUUUGAUGGUUGCCAUAUCUAGCCCCAAGGCCAUCCCCAAGCAGUCCUCAAAGAUGAGUCCCAAAGUAGGGACCAAGCUUGGCCAAAGCUCACUUAAUGGAGGUCCUAAAAUGGGUAAUAAUGGCUCAGGCAUUCCUGCUCGAACAGGGUCCGAUUCCCGCCUUGUGCGGCCAAGGUUAGGCUCCAGCUCUCCCAGAAGCAGCUCUCAAGACAGCCUGUCCCAGUCCAGUGACAGCCUGAAGACCUUAGCACUGGACAACAUGGUGCGUUCGAACAGCUUCACUCACUUUAAGCAGAUUCCCUCGCCCACAAGCCAGCCCAUGACACGGUCCUUCUCCUUUAACCGGGCUGUGGAGCUGGCCAAACCUCUAGCCAACACUCAGCUCCGGCCUCCUCGGAGUAAUUUCCUCAAACCCCCUCAGUUGAGCAAUGGAAGAAUGGGCUUAGCACUUGGAGGCCUGAAUGGCAGCCUGGGAGGUUCAGGAGGUCUAGUUGGAGGACUUGGAGGACUUCAGUACAGCAGAACUCCUCCAACUGCCUCCUCGCUGCCUACUCCCUCGAUUCCUCCAGCACCCACUACUCCCAGUGCUCUGAAGAAGCCUCUGCUCCCGAGUUGUGUGCUUACCAAGUCACUGGGCAACAGUGGGGGGUCUUUGGGCUACAGGCUGGCUCGAUCCGGGCAGGCCAAGCAGCAGAAGCCUCUUUUUCCAGGCAGGGUCAAGGGGGAUAUCAGACCUUCAGCUGCCCCUGAGUGUGGAGAGCUAUUAGGGAUAACAAUAGACACUGAGCUGACGAGUGAGGCUGAAAAAGCAGACUCUCACAGUGACAGUGAUGGAAGCUCUGGAGCUAGAGGAGGAAAAGGAGGAGGAAGUGGUGUGCUUAGGCAGAUCUCUGGCCAGGCGGCCGGCGAGACUCUGGAGGACAUGUCCUUAUCUUCUGCCUCGUCUCUAGACAGAGCCGACACCAGUGAAGAGUUUCUAGAUGACUUUGACAGUGUGGGAGAUGUGCUCAGUGAUGGGGACAUGCCUGACAACAGGAAAAGUGGCCCCACUACCCAAACCUGCCUACACAACUUUCUCAAUGAGACCAUUGACUGGGACACGAUAGAUCUAGCAGUACAUGAAGAAGAAAGCCCUAUGCAGGACUCACAGGGGCCGCUGGUGCUGUGUCCAGAGCGAGGUGAUGCCCCCCACGCUUCAUCUGUGGAGCUGUCACCCUCCAACAGCUCUGGUGGAACUUACAUGUGGGAUGAGGAGGGUCUUGAGCCCCUUGGAGGACCUGGGACUCAUCCAUUAGACAGUUAUGAUGAUUCAGAGCUCAACAGUAUGGAUAUCCUGAACAACCUGGACCCUCGAGGACCUGGAGAGUUGGAUGAUGAUGACCUCAUGCUAGAUGUGGACCUCCCAGAGGAUGGCUUGCAUGACGUUGACAGGAUGUCCCACAUUGAGCGCUCAGACAGAGUCGGUCGGCAGGGGCAGCGGCGUAAACAGCACCGCUGGAGUGCACCAGAUCACUUCCACAAUGAUGGCAGGGCUCAUGUCUUCCAGCACUAUGAUGGACUCAAAUCUUCAAGGGUCUCCUCACGGCCCGCCCCCUCUGAAGGCAGGCAGCGUGGCUACAUGGCAAUGCUGGAUGAACUCACGCUCGAGCACAUGACUCAAGAUUGUAGCUCGCUCAAGAACCAGCUGCUCAGGCUCAAAACAUUACUGAAGCUUGAGGAUACAGACUCUCCAGCAGAUCCUCCUGAGGAGAUUGAAGACAAUACCACUGCAUCACAAUUGGAAGAGCUGAUUAAGGAAGUGCAGGUGCUCAGAGAGGAGCUGAGGAGUCGAGACAAGACCAUUGCUCAGCUCACAGUGCAGUGUCAACAGCUACAACAACAACAUCAGCGGGAACAAAUGCCUGCUCAAGGACGUCAGGUCAGGUGUCAGUGCCACCACCAGAGGUCUCUCUCUUCACUACGUCAGAGUGACAGACAGAUGGACAGACGGAUGCAGCAUCACUAUGACAAGGCCACCCAGACAUACUGGAGACCACCCAGCCACGCUGGUGUGCUGCCCACCCCGCUGCUGUCCCCGUGGCAGGCACAGCACCAGGGCUUGACCCGUACCAGCAUGCCCCAGCGCAGACAGAGAGUGGAGCACCUAGUGCAGUACUUCACUGACACAGCGUGCCUCAAAUACUACAGCCUUUCAACCCUUGCCUCAACGAGCACCUCCACCAGGGAAAAAUAG